AUGCCAGCAAAUCCCCCUCUCUCUCCGACCACCGCCAUAAUCCCCGAUGCGAUUGCCCGCCACCACACCCAUGCGGUGUCCCCGCACCAGUGCUGCUCCGCCGUCGUGCAGGAGAUCGCGGCGCCCGUCUCCACCGUUUGGUCCGUGGUCCGGCGCUUCGACAACCCGCAGGCCUACAAGCACUUCGUGAAGAGCUGCCACGUCAUUCUGGGCGACGGCGACGUGGGCACACUCCGCGAGGUGCGCGUGAUCUCCGGCCUCCCCGCUGCCGUCAGCACAGAGCGCCUCGAUGUCCUCGACGACGAGCGUCAUGUCAUCGGCUUCAGCAUGGUCGGCGGCGACCACCGCCUCUCCAACUACCGCUCCGUCACCACCCUCCACCCCUACUCUGCCGCCGGGACCGUCGUUGUCGAGUCCUACGUCGUCGACGUCCCCCCCGGGAACACCACCGACGACACGCGCGUCUUCGUCGACACCAUCCUCCGCUGCAACCUCCAAUCCCUGGCCAAAUUCGCAGAAAAUCUCGCACGAACAACCAAACUGCAUCAUCAACAACGGUGA